CUGAAGAAGGACGCGUAUGUUGCUGCGCACGUGGCGGUGCGGAAACAGCUUUACGCUGGUGGCUGUCCCAUGGAUAUGUCUGGAUGCCCCAUCGGCUUCACUUUGUCUGAUGGAACCUGCUACCCGACGGCAUCCUAUACAGGGUACUGCGGCCCGCGGUCGUUUUCUGGUAUGACCAACGCACAGAAAACAGACUUUGCUUGGAAGUGUGGAGCCACCUUUCCGUGUGCGUAAGCUUCAAGAUGCCCUAGCUUUUGAUCCCUCAAACGAUUUUUGUUUUUGAUAAAAAACGCGUGGCUCUUCUGGUUUGACCACAAUGCGCGGAAAUCGCCUACAGGUGCUAACGUUUUCUCAACUCAGCUGUUCUGCAAUCGUUGUCAUAAAGCAUUUGGUCAGUGAAAACGCAAAUUGCCGUGAUUGAAAUGAAAAUCCUAUGACAGUGCUGCGUGCCACCUGAAAGGUACCGGAAAAGACAUCGGCCUUUGCCAUAAAAGCUGUGCGGAUCACUCAAAAAAUCCUAGAACAAUCUCCCGUUGUAGUUUUUUUUUUGAGUUUAAUUAAAGUGCUCUUCUGCCAAGUCGACGCACAUCACAAUGGCUCACAGACUCGCUACCUUGCCGCACCUCGUACUCCCGGGGAUCACAGCCGUUGCAGCCGUGCGUUUGCCAGCCAUCCGCCUCGCAACUACGCCAAUCACAGCAGCGCCAACGCAGCAAAGCGGAUUGUUCUCUAAAUUGAUUCCAUCACGGACGUUCCCGCCAUUCCCUGCUGAACUUCGGGAAGCGCAUACGGAUGCUGGCACCGUACAUUCUGGCAGAAGCAUCCUGGUGAAACAAAGCUACAGCCAGGGCACAAGUCCGCGCUCGACAUGGCAUGAAACCAGUUUUUUGCGGAGAGCCUCUUCUGCGGACGGACUAUUUUCAUCCCUCUCGGCUAUUCCUUCCGGGCCAGAGCCACAGAAUAGCGAAGUGUCCGGGUUUCGGGAAAUGAUGAUCGGGAUGUCGCACACACCAAGGCCACACUUAGCUACGCCGAGCGGUUUGAUAAGGAGCUGUCCCAAGGACUACAGAAGCUGUCCAAUAGGCUUCUCAGUGGCGCAAAACGGAACCUGCAUGGCCAGCACCUACAGAGGAAGCUGCAGCAAAGGACCCUAUUCGUUUCAAGCAAUGAACCUCGAAGCAAAAAUGCGUGCAGAGGAACAGUGUGGAUUUUCCUGGCCAUGUGCUUCGGGCGUCCGUUCCUACUCGGCUACAUGCCCCGUCGGAUUUGCUCCAGCGGGAAUACAUAAGUGCAAACCCUCUCCAUCUUAUGCUGGACCGUGUACCGACGUGCAAAAUUUCACUGGCUUCAACGCCAAGAUGCUCGCACUGUGGGAGCAUCGUUGCGGAGCGUACUGGAUGUAGGCGUACUUCAUGUAGCAAGUUGAGAUGCCUCUCCAAAGGCAACAUUGCAAGAAACAGCUAAAUGUGGAACAAGCUUGGUGAAAAUGACCACGGUUGGCGGCGCGAUCCAUUGAAUAGAGUGCAAUAAAUCUGCGUCACUGCACGUGCGACAUCGCAGCUGCAUACUCUCAGCCGCGCUGCUACAGAGUCUUUCAACCAUAUUUCGGAACAUCAGCUCUCGACAGAAUUUGAGAGGAGCGAGCACUCGCACCAAAUUUUGCUGCCAAAAAUCGUUGUGAUUUGUGGGUCCGCCAAAUUGCUUCAGCACUAAAACCCGAAAUUGCUGCACUAGGUUCGGAAUUAACAGUUUUUUUUUUUUUUCAACUGGUGCAAUCCAUACAUUGGAACAAAAUGCGGCGCGGCGCGGCGAUGGUGGUCCUGGGCACAAUAACAUCGCGUAUCGUUACUGCCGACCCUAUUUUUCCUGGCAGUGCUGCCGGAGCUAGCCAAACGCUCAGCCAGAUCCUAAGCGCCACAACAUCUUCUUCCGCGUACAAGCAAUCUGUCGGAGACGCCUCUGCCAAUGAAGCAUCGGCAAUAGCAGCCGGAACGGCAUCCCUCGCCGAGCAGGUCUCCAGCGAAAUGGCUCUGAGUGCGCUAACAAAAGACAGCUUUAUCGCGGUACACAUUGCGCUGAGAAAGCAACUCUUUGCAGGAGGCUGUCCAAUGAAUUUCAGCGGUUGCCCUGUUGGUUUUGAUUCAGCCGGUGCAGUGUGCGUUCCUGGAUCUAGCUACUCAGGCUUCUGUGGCGAGCGCAACUUUUCGACCAUGGACCUAGCCAACAAAGUCGACUGGGCGUGGAGAUGCGGUGCUGCAUGGCCGUGCAGUAGCAAAUCUACCGAAUUUGCAGCUCCGUGCCCUCAGGAGUGGUCGCAGACUGUAGCGGGCUGUUCUGCGCCACCCACGUAUGCCGGCAUUUGUUCACCAACGACAGACUUCACAGAUAUGACCGACGAGGAUAAAGCGCGCUGGGCAGCGGAUUGUGAUGCGACGUGGUGA